GCUGCUGGCCUAACCUACGGCUUCAAAGCACCACGUGCUGAGAAGACGACCCGCACCAGUUCACGAAGCAGAGGCGUUAAAAGCGGCUUUGAAGCUCAACCGGAGAACGUGCAUAUUAGCGAUGAGAGUGACAACAACACUGUGAACCAACUCGUCGAACAGAAGAACAGGGAGAUCGAGAAGUUACUGGAUGCGAACGAGGAGCUGAAGCUGAGAGUAAAGGAACUAAAAGCGGAGUUGCGCGAAGAAAUGCGUAGCAACAUUGAACUGCAGAGAUCCCUAGGAAAACCUGAAGAAAAAGAAACUGACCAACCCGUGCAAUCUUCAACAGGCCCUGGAGAGGAAAGUUCAGAGAAAGAGACCCAGGAGCAAAGAGAUGCUCUUGAGAAAGCAAAAUUGACAGUAGCGUCGUUGGAAAGGAAGAUUGCUGAACUAGUGGACGAGAAGGCUCAAGUGGUUGAAGCCAUUCAAGCCGAACAACAUGCUGUAGUGAGUGAGAAGGACGAACACAUUUCUCAGCUUGUUCAAGAACUCGAAACUGCCAACAACGACCUUCGCGAUGCCAGAAAUCGGUGA